ACCACAUUUUCGAUCUCUGUGUCUGCAAAGUAUAUAGUGUCGUUAUACUUAUAGUUAUGAGUGUUUUUUCAUGCAUAAAAUAAAUAUCUCUGAGGUGCAUUUGGUUGUGUUCUAAAUUACAAUACCUACAAAGUUGUUCAAUGCUCAGAAAAGCUAAUUAUUUGGAUUUAAAUGGCAUUGUUAAAGUCAUUAAUCAGGAAAGUGUGUGCAUAUUUGACAGUGAGCAUAUAUAAAUAAACAGUUUUACCCCAGAGUGAGGGUCACCAUGGUGGCCUAGUGACCGGUUAUCAUGGCAACCACUUGUACGUAGACAGCAUGGUUCUCGGAAGCCCAAGUGGUCCGAUGCUUCCGAUGGACUCUGAUAUACACAUGGCAGGUGGAGACAUGCAUUACGAUAUACACAUGGGGGCGGGGAUGGGUGACCGGGCGAUAUCGUCUAGUACGGGCGGCCUGGGUGACGGGAAGAAGCGGAAAGGGGGUGGAGUCGUGGGGAAGAGUAUUGAGGAAGAGUUAUGUAGGAUUUGUGGCGAUCGUGCAUCAGGAUACCAUUAUAAUGCUCUAAGCUGUGAGGGAUGUAAAGGAUUCUUCCGUCGUAGUAUAACACGGUCAGCAGCGUAUCACUGUAAAUAUGGCGGAAAUUGCGAGAUGGACAUGUGGAUGCGACGAAAGUGCCAAGCUUGCCGACUACGACGUUGUCGAGAGGUCGGCAUGAAAGAGGAAUGUUUAUUGUCUGAAGAACAGUGCAAAGCACGUGAUGUUAGGAGGAAACAGAAAACGACUAAGUCGAAAAAAUCGGAAAGUAGUAGUGGUCCCGCGACACCUAACUCAAUGUGUGAUAAAUCGGAUAUUGACGAUUCUAAAGAUUCUAAAGAUUCUAAGGAUUCUUGUAUGAAAAAUAAAAUAACAAGUGCUAAACCACACUCUAUAAUUGACCCAGAACCCUUGGAAAGGGUGUGUGAAGAUACAAAAAAGUUAGUGGAAAAGCUUGUGUACCUCCAAGAUAAAUACGAGUUUGCGGACGAAAAAGUGAUAAAAUCAGUCAACGAUGUUAACAUUGAAUGCAUCAACAGCGAGGCGAUACAAGGUGAUGCAUUGUUGUCGCAGCUUGCCAAGAUGACCGUCAUCAUCACCCAUCUCAUUGUCGAGUUUGCGAAAAAUCUACCAGGGUUCUCACGAAUCAGCAAGGAGGAUCAAAUAACUUUGCUUAAGUCAGCGUGCAGUGAGGUAAUGGCAAUCCGUGCUGCGCGAUGUUACGACCUUGCAUCUAGGACAAUCGUUCUGGCCAAUGGAACGCCAUGCUCCGUGGAAAACAUGAUGGCGGCAGGGGGCAGCGAGGCAUACUGGAAACUUGUGUUUCAGUUUUGUCAUGCCCUAGCAGAUAGUCAAACAGACAAUACGGAAUACGCCCUCUUCACAGCCAUCUGCAUUUUCUCAGAGCGCCAUGGCCUUGCAAAUAAAGACCAGGUCGAACAGAUACAGAAAAUAUACGUUGAUGCGUUACGAGAAUACGUGAAUCGUAAACGCAUGCAUGGGGGCACAUGCCUGGCCAAGCUCCUCAUCAGACUGAGUGACCUGCGCAGCAUCAGCAUGGAACAUUCGAAAAUGCUCACCAUGAUGCAUAUGGAUGAAAGUCUUAUGCCUCUUAUUGUUCAGGACAUUUAUAUACAGGGAUCCUGAUACUCAUGGUGAUUGACAUACUAGGGAUUUAUAUUGCAAAGUGUUAUUAUCGUAACGAUCCAGAACUCUAUGUAUAAUGGGAUUCCAUGAUGGGUUUCCACUAUCAAUUGAGGUACAGAAUGCGCAUUAUUUUAUAUAAUUAUACAGUGGAAACCUGUUGGCUCGAUAUCUCUUGGCUCGAUUUCCGACCGAUUUUGUUUUACUCUAUGUAAGCAUUCCCUCUUGGCUUGAUAUUCGUGAGGCUCGAGUUUUUUGGCUGGAUCGUGUUACUGGGUUAACUGUUAAGUAAAACUCGAAAGGAAAUUAUUGUUUUACAUAUUCAGUGCAAAAUUUGUGUCACAUUUGUAGCUUUCCUGAAGUGUUGACAGUUUCAUGAAAAGAAACAUUUUUAAUCAGGUUGCAACUUGUGUAAUAUCGCAUUAACUAUCUACUGAUGGAUAGGUUUCCUCGUCCCCGAUGGUUCAUGCCGGUACCCUGGAAACACCGUAACAGAUUAAAGUUUGUAAAAUGGUAUAAACUCUCUAUCUAUGGAUUGGUUUUCCUCGUCCCCAAUGGUUCAUGCAGGAAUCCUGGAAACAUCCAAACAGAUUGAAUUCCGAUAACAGUUAUUUCUGCUCAUGUUUUGAUGUUUGUAUGUUAUGGGAUAUUCCAUCAUAGUGUUUUUCAAACAUGACAGGUAGAUGAUGUGCUAUUUAAUUGUACAUCUCCAUUUGUUUCAUUGCUUAAAUGGCUGAAUGUAUUUUUGUUUUAUUUUAUUAUAUGUUUUUAAAAUGUCUCUUCAUUUACUGUAUCUCAGAAACUGAACUUUGUCGCCUCAGCAUUUCCUUAUGUAUUGUUUAGUUCAGAUAAUAAAAUGCAUAUUUUUAUAUGUAUAUAGCAUUAACUUUAAUGGACACACUGUGUGGACUUCAAGCAUGUUUGCAUCAACUAUAAAUUGCCUGAACAUUGCUUUUUCGUUGGCAUUCAAAGACCAGCAAUAUCAUUAAUGUUUAGGUUAUUUUUUUUACUGCAAAGCCCCAGUCCCACCGACCUCCUGGACUGUCCCAAAUCCUCUCAGACUGAAAUUUGGCCAAUCCAGGAUCAGUUCCUUGUUGUAUUUGGGACAGUCGGUAGCUGAUCAGGGAUGGUCCAUGGCACUGCUGUGGUGGUACUGGGGUGAUAUGUGUGGCUUCGUGUUCAUUCAUUGUGAUGCCGUGUUGGGUAAUCGGGGUCGUCUGAUGUUAUGAGAUUGUCUACAGACCAUCAACUUAAUUACACCUAGGACCACCACGGACCACCCAGGAUCACGCUAUCUCUUGAUCAGAAAAUGUUCCGUGUAAAUCUGGGAUGGUCCAUGUUGAUAUCAGCUUUGGUGUGUCUGUAGCUUAAUAAAAAACUUUAGAUUCAUAGUCAUAAUGCUUUUUUUUUUGAAGAAGAAGAACAAGGCAACUUCUAUUAUUCAUCAAGACUUUUUUGAUGCUUGAGACUGCUUCACUGUCAAAUUGUUAAGGUUUUGCAAAAAGGUUUUGUAUUGAUUCAGAAUUCUUAUGCCAAAACAUUGGAUACAUGGAAACAUAUGUACAAUUUGUUGGUUUAAGGUAAUCCAUUGAUAUUAAUAUUCAACAAAUUGCUACUGAUAAAAUUUCAUUUUAAAGUUAUGAAAUGUUCAGUUUGAAUAUUUUAAAAGUUUUCACGAAGGCCUUCUGUUAUGUAGACACAAUGUUAUUUAAGAAACCAAUAAAUAAAAUUGCUAUAUAAUUAUGAUCAUACUAAAAAAUUAUUACCUACCUUUAAUAUAUCAUAUCAUAAUAGUAGCUUCAUUAUGGUGUUAUUCAAAAAUGUGAUCCAACCAAAAUUGAUUAACAAAUAUAAAUGAAACAAAGAACUAUUCUUGAUGAUGAAGAAACACAAGAUCAUGCAAAUAUGAUGACUAAAGCCUGUUUGUCAUUGUAGUUUUUUAGAAAAAGAGAAUAAUUCAAUUGAUUAUUUUUAGAUUUAGUAUCAACCAUGAUGGCCUCGCUUUUGACGUCGGUGUGCAAAAACAUUAACCUUGUUUGAUAAAAAAAACACUUUCUAAAUGUUAAUGAGACGCUGCACAAAUGUGUGUAACAAGGCCCAUUUAACUCUUAGGUUUCAAAAAUUAUACACUGUAUGUUGGUUCAUAUUUCUUCUUUUCUCAUGGGUUUUUGUAAACAGUCUGGAUAAAAUGUAUUGCAACUUUGAAACAGUCUGUCACCAAUACUGCUUAAAAAAAAAGCCAGCCAAAGGCUAUAUUGUAAUUUUUUAUGUAGUCUGUGUCUAGACAUCGUGCAUACAUUACAUAAAGACUGUUCAAUUUUGUAACAGCUUCUUUUCACAAUUCAGAAUGUUAUAAAGAAUUAUUUAACCAAUUUCGAGUUGUAACAGAUUUUUUUUCACAAUUCAGAAUGUUAUAAAGGUUUAUUUAACCGAUUUUGAGUCGACAUCAUUCAGUAUAAAAUUAAGGUUUGAAAUAGAGGAUUAUUAUUAAAGUACAUGAAUAAUCGUUUAAUAUGGAUUGUAUUAAUAAUAUAACUGUUAUAAUAACUAUAAGAUAUAACUGUUAAUACAUGUUUUCAAAAAUUGAUUUAAGAAUCAAUUGUUAAUUUUGUUUCUCAAGAAAAAAAAGAAAAUUGGUUCAAAUUUUUUCAUGCUUUCCAGUGCUUUAUUGAAAUAUAAUGGCGGCUUAUUAAUCUCGAAAAACUCACCAUUUGAAACAGUGAGUUUUAGAAAAAUAAUUUCACUUUUUAAACUCAGCUUAAACCUGAUUCAUUUUUAAAUUAUAAUAUAAAUACUUUUAUUUUAAAAACACUUAUACUUAUCUUUUAAUUUUACUAUGAAAAAAUUAGGAUAUUGACUAAAGUUAAGAAUUGACUUAAGAAACCAAUGAAAUUGCCUCAUUAAUAUAAUUCAUAAUUUAAAGAUUUUCAAAGCCCACUCACCCAUGGUACACAACGAAACUUCGGGGAUAAACAACUAUUAUUUUAUCAAGGUUCCAUGUUCAAUAUAUUAUAUUCUUUCCUCAGUUAGUGAGUGUAAUUUUGCCAAUAAUUUUACAAUCCUUCAGGCGAAAAAUAUGAUAAUAGAAAUCCCUUAUUAAAUCUAAGAUGCUUUCCAAAAUUUCCCCAAGACAGCUUACCUGGUAUACAUCGAAGUCUAAUCGAAACUAAUAACAUUUUCUACAAUAUUUAAUUGGACAUAAAUCUUAUUAUUUUACAAACAUGUAAGUAACAUUUGUUUCAGUCUGUUUAAGUAUACUAAAAUAUAUUUUCAUUGAUUUUAAGGUUUUGUUGUUGUUAAUUCUUUACCUUUUAAUUAGUAAUAAAUAAACACAAGGACUUUUUCGUGCAGAAAAAAAAAUGAACAAGUUUUAAUUCGAAAGUGUUUGUAGUUCUUUAUUUAAUAUUGUUUAGUUUAAACAUGAAUAGAACAACGAAGCUAACACUGGAAGCAGAAUCUUGUACAAAGGGACAAGACACCAGAUGAUACAACUGCAAAAAAAGAAAGAAAAUUGUCAAUUAACCCAACAUUAAUUGGAUACCAUUGUGUACAACACAUUAAUGCACCUUAAUUACUGUAACACAUUGCCUACGACAUAAUUGUUUCUCCUGAAGUUUUUGCUUUUUUUACAAUUCGAAAAUUUACUGGGUUUGUUAACCACAUAAAUCCCACUUAAUUUAAUAUGUAUUUCUACUUAUAAUCAUGUGACUUUUACAUGCUAAAUAUACACACUAUUAACUGGGAAACCUUUAUUCACUAUUUUUAACAAGUCAACUCAGCUAAGACCGCGACAAAAUAUUAUUUAAGUCUUGUAAUAUUAUUUAUUAUUGGCCUCAUACAAGCUUGUAUUGACAAUUCUAGUCUUGUUUUAUGGAAAAAUUGUAUUUGCCAAUUUUGGGACCAUCUGGUGUCUAGUCCCUUUAAGAUCUAUUCAAGCUCAAUCAAGCAAGCGAGAAGCUUAUAUAUUUUAUGUUUAACUCAACUUUGUAGCAUUCCAAUGUGUAUCUACCUACCAUAUAUUUAGGAUUACCUCAUUUUUUUGCAAAUUUUGUUCCUGAUUUUUUUUUCAGAAGUUCUUUGAUACAGUUUGUGUUUGAUGAAUAUGAUCAUGAAGUUAUCCAUUUAAAACUGUACACUAUGAUUUAUAUUGAACAGAACAGAACAGAACAAUAUUUUAUUAAUGACUUGUACAUACAUACAUCGUCAUACAUUCAAAUUCCUAUAUACCAAAUAUCAUUAAGUCACAUAGUCAUUUGUCACGGAGAGUUAAGUAAUGUUUAAAUUUCUGAAUAUAAAAUUAUAUCAAAAAUAUAUAAUAAUUUGCUGAAAAAAACAUUAUAGCUCCCACUCUAAUAGAUUGGUAGCUACGCUUGUCUUUCAGUAAAUUCGUCAUAACACAGUAUUUAUAGUUGUUAUUCUGAUUUUUAAAGCAUUCUUGAUGAACAAAGAUAAUCUAAAAAGAACGUUAUCAUUUCUUGAACUUAGCAAAUUCAUGAAUUUAUACAUGGAAGGACGACGAUAAAAUGUUAUAGGUAUAUGCUUAAUUCUAAGUUCGUUAUAACACGGACAUACACAUAUAAAAUGAAAAGUAUCCUCAAUGUCACCAGAACCACAGACUAAACACAAUCUCUCAUGUCUAGGGCUUGCGUUUCUUCCAUACCUUCCAGUGUGAAUUCGUAAUGAGUGGGCUGAUAUUCUUGUCCGUGUUACAAAGAACCUUAAAUUAAACGGUAAUACAUCUAAAUACGUUUUAUAAUGGCUUUGGCAAAAAGUUAUACUGACUAAUAAAACAAAAAAAAAAAUUUGGCGGCGAGUUUUUUUGGUAUAGAAAUUAAACCGAAAAAAAUACUUAUCGCAGUCCACCUGUAUAUGUAGUGUAUGGUUUGAUUAGAGACUAUUUUAAUUUUUUAAAAGCAUUGAUAAUUAAAUACUUGCAGCAAGUGUUAAAUUUAGUUAAAUACAUGUCCAUCUAUCCAUUAUGAGGAAUAGCUUAUCCCAGGUUUUGAAAAGUAUGUUGAUGUCUGAUAUUUUGAAGAACUGCAAUGUUAAGGUUAUGUUUCUUUUAUUUUAAUGGACUGUUGGUGCAUUUUGUACAUAGAAAAUGCUUGUUAUUAAUAUAUUUUCUUGGAAUAUUUGUCUAUAAAUUAUUGUGAUGUUACUUCUGUUGAAAUGUAAUGAUUAUCAUUAUUCGGGUAGCAUUUGCAGUAACAUGUUGUUAACGAUAUUUAUUAUUGCCCACAUCAUGAGAUGAUAUUACCCCAUCAUUAUGGGUGACAUUGGCAUGACAUUAACAUGUUUUUAACGAUAUUUAUUAUCACCGUGAUCAUGAGGUGAUAUAACCCCAUCAUUAGGGAUGACAUUUGCAGUUACAUGUUGUUAACGAUAUUUAUUAUCACCCAGAUCAUGAGAUGAUAUUACCCCAUCAUUACGUGGGUAACAUUGGCAGUUACAUGUUGUUAAAGAUAUUUGUUAUCACCCAGAUCAUGAAAUGAUAUUACCCCAUCAUUACUUGGAUAACAUUGGUAGUUACAUGUUGUUAACGAUAUUCAUUAUCAAAGUUGUUAACGAUAUUUAUUAUCAUCCAGAUCAUGAUAUGUUAUUGACAGUAAAAUGUUAAUCAUGAGAUCCCCAUGCCUCAUAUUGUUAUAUCUCAUUUGUAUUAUGAAUUUGUAUAUGUACCUGGUAAAUUGGUACAUGUACAUAUACCUGGUAAACUUAAAAACGUCAGUACCUGGUACAUUGUACAUGUAUAUUGUUAAACUGAACAUGUAUGUGUAUCUGGUAAAAUUGAACAUGUAUGUGCACCUGGUAUUAUUUUAUGUGUACCUGGUAAAAUUGUUUAUGUACAUGUACCUGGUAUUUGCCAGAGAUUCAAUUCAAUAGUUAUUGAACAUUGUGGAUAUUCUGUGAAGUUUGGUUCGUCAUGUGUUCUCAUGAGAAUGUUAACAAUGCUGUACACGUUUCUGUGUUAAAUUUCAUUAGAUAGGAACAACUUGCUUGCCAUUAUCUGCUGUUAUGAGAUAAAAUGCUCUCAUUUCAUUUGUUGGUGUCAUUAGCAUCUUUCGACAUCAUGCUGAUUGUUCAGAUCUUUGUUAAUGUUGAAAACGUUGUUGGCGGCUACGUUGCUAACUUUAAUUAUAGUAUGUGCUCAUAGUUUUACAUAAAGCAAGUACACAGCUAAACAGUUGUCCCAAAUCCUGUAAGAAAUACUGCAGAUCACAAAUGAACCCAUUAAACUCGCAGUAACGAUUUGGAAGUUAACAACAAUGACGUUAACAACGUUGUUUACGUUAACAAAAUUCUGAACAAUUGGCCCAUUUGUUUUGAAUACAUAUACCAGGUGUAGUUAAUAGUAAAUACUCUUUUACACACACUCAUUCUUGGUUAUAUGAAUUAAUUAUGUAUUAUUAUACGUAUUAAACAAUUGCUCCUGACUCAGCACAAAUGGUUUACACUGUUGUUACAGUUGGACAGGGAUAUUAUUUUACUUUGAAAAAAUGACUAUUAUAAAAUUUUGUUGUUUAAUAUUAAACAAUGAUUAUUUAGGAUAUUUGUAUUUUUCUCUCACACUAAAUUGCUCAAAUAAAUCAAUGCUGGUACUAA